AUGGCGAAUGAAAGUUUGAGCUUUCCGUCUGACUAUGUUGAUGAUGGGGGUGUGACCGUAGUUAUUUAUGCUUACUACUUCGAGAGGCAGCUUCUUGCGGCUUUGCUGAGCAUUGCCGCUUGUGUGGGAUUCAUUGGUAACAUUUUUGUCAUCCUGGCCGUCUUUCUGUCAAAGAAACUCCGGACCUCGACUAAUGUUUUCGUGGUGAACCUAAGUGUGGCGGACCUUCUAACGUGUCUCUCCCUCCCAUGGCAGUCUGUAUCGGUCCUGAGCGAGGAAGGAUGGCCGCUACCCGAAGCCUACUGGCUCUGUGUCCUAAGUGCCUCACUCUUGAUUCUCUGCUCAGGGUGUAGUGUGAACAACCUGGCCCUCAUCGCUCUCAGUCGCUGGGUCGGGAUCACCAAGUCCAGACACGCCGGGCAUUGGAUGCGAUCAGCCCGUAGGCUCACCCUGAUGGUCGCGCUCGCCUGGCUCAUCCCGUGCUCUUGCAUCAUACCACCACUAAUCUCCGACUUCGGAGAGGUGGGUUACGAGGAAAUAUACGGCUUCUGUUCAUGGGACACCCACAACAAAUACGCAGCUUACUUCAACCUCCUCCUUAUGGUAGUCUUCUACCCUUUACAGUUCUGCACCAUCAUAUUCUGCUAUUCGUCCAUUUUCAACUACGUCCGCAGUAACAACAAAAAGAUGGCGGGGACAGUUCAAACAUUAUCAGCCAAGGUAGACGGCGCCAACGUGAAGCUGCGUCGACAACUAAUGAAACGUCAACUGGACGUCACCAAGAAUCUUCUUUAUAUAGUUCUGGCUUUCAGCAUGUCUCAGACACCGUACUUUGUUCUCCUGCUUGUCUAUACCGAUCUCAGUUACCGUAUAACGCCGUACGUUGCGGUGGUGCUGUUCACCAAUUGUUGCAUGAACCCCAUCAUCUAUGCUACAUCGCAUCCGAAUUUCAAAGAGGCUUUUGAUUAUAUUGUACGUGGAAAGUGGAAGGAGUUAUCUGAAAGUCAUGUGAGCACUCGUCGAACAGGGGCUACAUCAUCAGACAAAAAGUCUACUGGAAAAGAUUCAAGGAUCUGA